AAAUAAUCGCACUUGCGCAAUAGCCAUGUCACAAAUAAUCAACAUGGCGACGUCCUUACAGCGCCUUACCUCCGCUGGGAGAUAUCUUGUAAAACGGAAUUUAUUGAAGACUAAUGUCUUAACCAGGUCCAUAGUUGGAUCACACAGACUAUUGGCUACACAGGCCGCCAACCAAGUGAUGUUAAAUGUCCCUGAAACCAAGGUUACCACCUUAGAAAAUGGACUACGUGUUGCAUCUGAGGAUUCCGGUCUUUCGACUUGCACAGUUGGUCUCUGGAUAGAUGCAGGGAGUCGUUAUGAGAAUGAGAGGAACAAUGGCACUGCUCAUUUCUUGGAACACAUGGCCUUCAAGGGUACAAGGAAGCGCUCCCAGCUUAACCUGGAGCUGGAGAUUGAAAAUAUGGGGGCCCAUCUGAAUGCUUACACCUCGAGGGAGCAGACUGUGUAUUACGCCAAAGCAUUCACAAAGGACCUUCCCAGAGCGGUAGAGAUCCUGGCAGACAUCAUCCAGAACAGCACAUUGGGGGGAGCAGAGAUCGAGCGAGAGCGAGGGGUCAUCCUCCGAGAGAUGCAGGAAGUAGAGACCAACCUGCAGGAAGUGGUGUUUGAUUACCUCCACGCCACAGCUUAUCAAGCCACAGCGCUGGGCAGAACCAUCCUGGGCCCUACGGAGAAUAUCAAAACAAUAAACAGAGGAGACCUUGUUGAAUACAUCACUACUCACUACAAAGGACCGAGAAUAGUGUUGGCUGCUGCUGGAGGGGUUUCACACAAUGAAUUGAUAGAUUUGGCCAAGUACCACUUUGGGAAUCUUCCUGCCAGAUACAAGGGAGAGGCGCCAACUUUCCCACAAUGUGACUUUACUGGAAGUGAGGUGAGAUUGAAGGCCCUUAAUGUUUAUCUCCAACAGAGGCAAAGUGCAAACUUGCUCCCCAUGGGCAAUUCCAUGAUCCGAGUUCGUGAUGACAAGAUGCCCCUGGCACACAUUGCCAUUGCUGUGGAAGCAGUGGGCUGGUCACACCCCGAUACCAUUCCCCUUAUGGUGGCAAACACACUCAUCGGCAACUGGGACCGCUCCUUUGGUGGGGGUGUGAAUCUCUCCAGCAAGCUGGCGCAGAUGGCGUGCCAGGGCAACCUGUGCCACAGCUUCCAGUCUUUCAACACCUGCUACACCGACACAGGCCUGUGGGGACUCUACAUGGUGUGUGAGCCUGGCACCAUCAACGAGAUGAUGCACUUCGCCCAGCUGGAAUGGAUGUCACUCUGCACUAGUGUUACUGAGAGCGAAGUUGCAAGAGCCAAGAACCUCCUCAAGACAAACAUGCUUUUGCAUCUUGACGGAUCCACCCCCAUCUGUGAGGACAUCGGCAGACAGAUGCUUUGUUACAGCCGUAGGAUCCCUCUGCAUGAACUGGAGGCCAGAAUCGAUGCCAUAGAUGCAAAGACCAUCAAGGACGUGUGUACAAAAUACAUCUAUGACAAAUCGCCUGCCAUCGCAGCAGUCGGACCAAUUGAGCAGCUCCCAGACUACAACCGAAUUCGCAGUGGGAUGUACUGGAUGAGAACCUGAGAAUUGGCGCUCUCUUUAGAUACUUAGAGUUAAUAACAGCGAGCAGUCAACUGUACAGUAUAUAAACAUCAACUUUUACAGAGUUUAAGUUGUGGUUUCUUUACAUUUUAUUAUAAAAUAAAGACCAACACAAUAACGUUAAAAGGA